AUGUUAGAUGUUUAUCACGAAGAAGGUAGGAAAGAAAUAGAAAAUUCUCCUUUUGUUGCAGUGAUUGCCGAUGAAACGACGGACGUUGCUUGUGAAUUUCAAUUAGUUAUAGUUUUCAGAUAUUUGUGUAAAGGACGACCAGUUGAGAGAUUUUGGAGGUUUUACAUGCUCGAUGGACACGACGCCAAAUCAAACGCUGAAUGCAUUUUAAAUGUUUUACAACCAUUAUUAAUACAUAGUCCAAAUAAAUUAAUUGCUCAAAGCUAUGACGGCGCGUCUGUUAUGAGUGACAAAAAUAUGCUUAAAAAUGAAUUACAAGUACUGUAUCAGAGAGACGAAUUAAGUACCACCUCCGAAGCUGUCUCGCUAUCAAUUUUAUUAAAUGAGGAAGGUUUAAAUUGUACAUUUCAGGAAACUCUUAAACUUUUAGUUAUUUUGAUAACAAUACUUAUGUCAACAUCUGAAGCAGAGCGCUGUUUUUCAAGGCUUAAACGGAUUAAAACAUUCCUCAGAAAUACAAUGAAGGAAGAAAGACUUGGUGCUUUAGAUAUGUUCGCAGAACAACAUUUUGUAAAUGGAAUUGAAAAUUUUAAUAAUAAAGUAAUUGAAAAUUUUGCAACCAAAAAAGAAAGAAGAAUGGACUUAAUUUAUCGGAAACUUUAA